AAGAAACGGAAGGCGUGUGGUGGCAUGGACGGUGACCGAGACAGCCACGACGUAGAGGAUGCACGUUCGAUUGAACCUCUCGACAGCGUGGUCAUGUCGCGUGAAGAAGAAGCAGAACGUGCGCGGUUGAUGUUGGAACAGCGCUUCUUGCUGCACAAACGCAUGCGCAAGGACGCCAAGGCAAAGCACGACGCGAUCAAAGCCAAGGCCAGUCGGCGCAAGGAUUCGCACGUGGACCACAAGAACAUGCCGCACAAGUGGAAGGAUGCGGCCGUGCUGGAGCAAGAACUCAAGCAUAAAGAACACACGAAGGUGCUCAUGGGACCUGAACCCAUUCGCCAGUUUCCUGGAAAAGUGUACACGACUUCGCCAAUUCGUGACCGCGAUGCUGAUCGUUUGGACGCCAUUGACGACUACGCGGCGUCCGCGGCCAAAAAUGAUCGGGAAUCCAACGCAGACAUGGACGAAUACCUCAAAUUAGAUCAGUCCAAGUUUCCCCUCCAUCAAUUCGACAGCUCCGAGUACGAUACCAAGUCUCCGGAAGAGCAUUUGGAGGAGUGCAAAACUGGGGCGUCGCCCUUCUUUGUCAAAGGCGAGUGGCGGUGGCGGCCAUGCCAGAUCUUGUCGUACAACACCGACACGGAAAAGUACACGAUUCAGUUUCAAGGAUCGGACAAGGACAAGACGGUUCGCCGCAUCAACUUGCGUUUUGACACGGAGGAACCAGCGACGUUUCAAAAACGAAUCGACGAAGCCAUUCGUCGCCGUGAAGACGCCAAGGCUCAAAUGCGCUUUGACUAUUUUGUGUCACAGCAGUCCGUGAUGGAACCUCGAUCCAUGGGCCGCACGACCCUGGAAGGCAUCCAUCGGCGCGUGGUGGACGGGCUCACUCCGGACGUGGUUGUCGAGGACACGCACGCGCAACUGCUUCGGGGGCUCACAGAUGUCGUCAUUCGAGAGUACACGCGUGCGAUGAAGAAGGCCGUGUUGUGGUAUCGCCUCGAGUUUGACAAGCCGCUGCUGGAAAAGUACAGGUCGCUCAACUUGACCGCCCUGCCGCUGCCCCCACCAGCGCCCACGUUUGGAAAGAUUCCGAUCCCGGCGUCGUUGAUGUCCUUUUCCAAGUUGCGCAAGAAGAUUAGCCACAAGCACUUUACAGCGUCGUCGGGGUUCCUAAACGUGCUCAUGAAGAUCUACCACGGGUGGGAAACUGCUUUUAUCCACCUCACGUUUUGCGCCACGGCGUUCGACGUGCUCCAGCUGCCGUGCCGCCUCUUGGACUUUUCGGAGAUUCAACUUGCGCACUGCGCCAAAAUCACUGAAAUGCUGUCCGUGGACUGGCGGCGCGCGAUUUCGGAAAACCUCGUCGACAGUCUCCAAGACGAAUAUGAUUUUUUCAUUUCCGAUCGCGACGAGUACGACCUGGGCGAGCUCAAGCGACUUCUCAUGAGCAUUCGGGUGCGCAUGGCGUCUCAAAUCCGCAUGGUGGUCGAGCAAUCCACCGAAGCGUGGGUGAAGCUAGUGCAUGCCAAGGUCAAGGCCAACGAUCCACUCACGUCGCUCUUUGACGUCCAUUUGGUGGUUACGAGCGAAGGCAAUGUGGAAAUGAGUCCGUCGCAGCAAGACAUCAAGGCUGCGAUGGUCACACCACUUGAAACGAUGGUUCACAACGUGAGCGACAUGGAUGUGAUCGACCCCGAGCUCCUCUCACUGCUGAAUCUCGACCGUGUGAAGUUGUUCGACCUGACUGUCAAAAACGACAUUGUCUACGAAACCGUGUCGAAACUGGGGGCAGCGCGCCGAGACAUUCUCAAAUGUCUGAGCGACUCUCUCGGCCAAGUUCAACCCGUCACGGACGCGUACGCCAAGCACGCGCGGUUGCUCGGACUGGACGCAGCGACAUACAUGAAGCAAUUCAAGAAGGACCACCCCUCCCCGGUCCCCCUGGACAUUCUAUGCGACGCCAUCCGCCAAUUCCACUCGUUGGUGCUCGAAGUGGAAACCCUAAGUUUUGACCUGACAUCGUUCCCCCUCGUGUGCGUCAACACAGUGAGCAUCAAAGCGACGCUUCGGGACAAGGGGGUGGCCAUUCGCAACGCGCUCAUUGAGUACAUUGUCAUGGACGCCCGCGACAAGAACGUCGAGAUCAGCCACCGGUACCAAGCGAUUCUGAAACGCAUCACGGAAAAGCCCACCAACGAAGCGGAGCUGGCCGCGUUGAAAGAUUUUGUCAACGCGAGCAAGAUUACCAUUGCCGGGAUUCAAAACGAAGUCGACGAGAUCCACGCGCGGCUGCACGCGCUGGGGGAGUUUUCCCACACGAUUUCCGACGACGACUUUCGGUUGGCAUGGAGCACCAAAGAGUGGCCACUGCGCGUGGCCCACGCCGCCGACACAUGCGACUCGGCGCUUGAAGAAGACAAAAUCCGCAUGAUGGACAAGCUCAGCCUUGAAAAAGAGCAGUUUGAACUCGACUUGGAGCGGUAUGAGAAGGAUGUCGCCCUGUUCAAGUCGUACGGGGAGAUCGACCGCACGGAAAAGUACGUGGAGUUGGCAUCCACCCUGUACGACUCCAUCAUGGAAGCCAAGGCGAAAGCAGACAAUUUCAACCAGCGCGAAGCUGUGUUUGGGUUCCGGCCUACCGAGUACGCUAUGAUUGGCAAGCUGGAGACUGAUUUCCAGCCGUAUUAUCGUCUGUGGACCAUGUGUUCGGAGUUCAACAUCAGCAAGCAAGCGUGGCUAACUGGGCCGUUCCUCGAGUUGAAGGGGCCCGAAAUUGACGCCAACGUGACCGAGUGGUGGAAGGCCAGCUACAAACUGAGCAAACAACUGGCCGACGAGGCCCCCGGGUCGGCCGAAGUCGCGCUCAUUUUGCGCGAACGCACCGAUGAAUUCCGUGCCUACCUCCCCGUGAUACAGUCGCUGGCAUCACCUGCGCUGCGCGAACGGCAUUGGGAACUCCUACGCAACAAGAUUGGCCUUGAAGAAACGGACGAGGAGCUGACGUUGCACCAGUUGCUAGAGAAGGGCAUCACGCAGCACAUUGAAACGAUCCAGGAAGUGAGCAUGGUGGCUGAGAAGGAGUACACGUUGGAAAAGAAUCUCAGCGCCAUGAUCAGCGAGUGGGAACCCAUCGAGUUUGAGUGUCUGCCGUAUCGGGAAACAGGCACCUACUUGAUCAAGAGCGUCGACGACAUCAUUGCGCUGCUGGACGACCAUAUUGUCAAGACCCAAACCAUGCGUGGAUCGCCCUACGUCAAGAACAUUGAGAAAGAGUGCAAAGCAUGGGAAAAGAAGCUCCAAUAUUCCCAGCAACUGAUUGACGAGUGGAUGACUUGCCAGCGCACAUGGUUGUACUUGGAGGCAAUUUUCAGUUCUGAAGACAUUAUGAGGCAAAUGCCGACGGAGGCGCGGCGGUUUGCGUCUGUGGACGCAUUGUGGCGCAAAACGAUGGAGGACACGGUGGCCGACCCGAACUUUAUGAACGUGAUGAACAUGGACAAAUUGCUGCAAAAGUUUCAAAAGGCCAACGAAAAACUCGAUGAAAUCCAAAAAGGCCUCAACGACUACUUGGAAAUGAAGCGGCUGUACUUUCCACGGUUUUUCUUCUUGUCCAACGACGAGUUGCUUGAAAUCCUCAGUCAAACCAAAGAGCCCAAGGCCGUGCAGCCACAUUUGGGCAAGUGCUUUGAAGGAAUCAACAAAGUCACGUUCACGAACGUCUUGCUUAUCACGGAAAUGAUCUCGAGCCAAGGGGAAACGGUGCUGCUCAAGAACACUGUUAACCCCGAAAGCGCCAAGAACAAGGGCAAUGUCGAAAUGUGGUUGUUGGAGCUCGAAGUGUUUCAGUGGGACACCCUCCGCGACCACACGAUGCGCGCGAUCGGCACGUACCCGAAGGAAGUCCGGGAGGAGUGGAUCCUCAAGUGGCCAGCCCAAGUCGUGUUGGGGGCGUCGCAAGUGUACUGGACGCAAGAAGUGAACAAAGCCAUCGUGGACAAGGGCAACGAAGGGCUCAAAGAGUACGUCGAAGUGCUCAACACCCAACUAGACAAAGUCGUGAUGCUCGUGCGGGGGAACCUAACCAAACUGGAGCGCACGACCAUUGGCGCAUUGGUGGUCAUCGACGUCCAUGCCCGUGACACGAUAGCUCACAUGAUUCAAAAAGGGGUCGAAAACGACCAGGACUUUGAAUGGAUCUCGCAGCUCCGGUACUACUGGAUCGAAGGCGCCCGGACCAAGGGGGAAAUGGACCUCCAAGCUCGCAUCGUAAAUGCGCGCGUGAAAUAUGGCUACGAAUACCUGGGCAACACGAUGCGGCUGGUGAUUACACCGCUGACCGAUCGGUGCUACCGGACUAUGAUGGGGGCGAUCGAUUUAUUGUAUGGGGGGGCCCCCGAAGGCCCCGCCGGGACGGGCAAAACCGAAACGGUCAAGGACUUGUCCAAGGCGAUUGCGAUUCAGUGUGUAGUGUUCAACUGCUCGGACGGGCUAGACUACCUGGCGAUGGCGAAAUUCUUCAAGGGGCUGGCCGGGUGUGGCUCGUGGUGCUGCUUUGACGAGUUCAAUCGCAUCAACAUUGAAGUGUUGUCUGUGAUUGCGCAGCAGAUUCUCACCAUCAAUGAAGGCAAAAAGGCCAACGUCGACAAGUUUAUGUUUGAAGGCACGUACAUCAAACUCAACGCCAGCGCAAACGUGUUUAUCACGAUGAACCCAGGGUAUGCUGGCCGAGCGGAAUUGCCAGACAACCUUAAGGCGCUGUUUCGCCCGUGCGCAAUGAUGGUGCCAGACUACGCGCUCAUUUCUGAAAUCCGAUUGUACUCGUUUGGGUUUGCCAACGCCCGAGCAAACGCGCGAAAGCUCACACAAGUGUUGCAAUUGAGCUCCGAGCAAUUGAGUUCCCAAAAGCACUACGAUUACGGCAUGCGUGCCGUGAAUUCGAUUCUAGUUGCGGCGGGGAACUUGAGGCAACAACUGGGCGACGAUCCGUUUUGGACGGAAGAUAAGAUUGUGUUGCGGUCCGUGCAAGAUGUCAACUUGCCCAAGUUCACGACCGACGACUUGCCCCUCUUCCGGGGCAUCACGUCCGACUUGUUUCCUGGCGCGGACAUUCCAUCUCCAGACCACGGUCGCUUGAUCCCCAUGAUCGACUUGAUGUGCACCCAAGGCAUCAGCAUUGCCCCCGACUCGCUCACUCGAUUGCAGCCCAAGGUUGAAUUCAAGCAAAAAGUCGUUCAGUUGUACGAGACGGUGCUCGUACGUCAUGGGCUCAUGGUCGUGGGCAUCACUGGCAGCGGCAAGACUUGCAUUGUGCACACCCUAGCGGCCGCGAUCACUGCCGUGUUCAACGAGAGCGAAGGCAAAACUCAAUCCCUUGUGCACAUCCACACGAUGAACCCCAAAUCGAUCACGUCGGGGCAACUGUACGGCAACUUUGACGAAAACACGCACGAGUGGAGCGACGGGGUGCUGGCCAAGACUUACCGCGACUGCGCGCGCGACACGACCGACGACCGACAGUGGGUCAUGUUUGAUGGGCCCGUGGACGCCGUGUGGAUUGAAAACAUGAACACGGUGCUGGACGACAACAAGAAGCUGUGCCUCAUGAGCGGCGAAAUCGUGAAAAUGACUGACCGCAUGACCAUGAUGUUUGAAACAGAGGACUUGGAGGAGGCGUCGCCGGCCACCGUGAGUCGCGUCGGCAUGAUCUUCCUCGAACCGAAAAACCUGGGCUGGGAGACCCUCAUGCGAACCUGGCUCGAGUACUCGCUCGUGACGGAACUCCGGCCCAAUGCCACGUACAUUCAAAACCUAUUCGAGUGGCUGGUGCCACCCCUUCUCUUCUUUGUGGACAAGAACUGCGUAGUGCCGACUCCCGUGACGUUCUUGGAGCUCGUGGCGUCGUUGAUUCGCCUCUUUCAGUGCAUUUUAGACGUGCCCAUCAGCAACUUGAGCUCCGACAUCAAUGGCGUGCUGGAAGGCAUGUUCUUCACGGCCGUGAUUUGGUCGCUAGGUGCGUGUGUCGACACCAAGUCGCGGCAGUUGUUUGACACGUACUUUCGAGAGCUCACGUGUGGGGCCAUCUCGGCCGACACGAACGACGCGUACGGGAACUUUGUGCUCAAGAACCCGGGGUACCAUGUGAUUCCCCGCGCAACCAACGUGCCAUUUCCGGAAGAAGGCCUGGUUUACGACUACCGGUUCGAUGGGAAAAAGGCAACGUGGCUGACCUGGAUGGAUUCGUCGUCGGCGGCGGCUAUUCCUCGGGACAUGCCGUACACGUCCAUUCUUGUGCCCACGAUCGACACGGAGCGCAAUGCAUGGCUGCUGGACACCCUCCUCACGCAUCAUUAUCAUGUCAUGUGCACAGGGGAUACGGGCACGGGCAAGUCGGUGUCGAUCAAAAAGAAGCUACUGACGGGGUUGAACGAGUCGUUUUCGUCCAUCUUCCUCAACUUUAGCGCGCAAACCAGCGCCAACCAAACGCAAGACAUCAUUGAAAGCAAACUGGACAAACGUCGCAAAGGCGUGCUGGGGCCCCCGCUUGGCAUGAGCUGUGUCAUCUUUGUGGACGAUCUCAACAUGCCGGCCAAGGAAACGUAUGGCGCGCAGCCCCCGAUCGAAAUCCUGCGACAGUGGAUGGGCCAUGGAGGCUGGUACAACCGCAAGGACAACUCGUUCUUGCAACUUGUAGACGUGCAGUUCAUGGCGGCGAUGGGGCCACCGGGGGGCGGCCGCACCAAAAUCACACAGCGGUACAUUCGGUACUUCAACCUGAUCAACUUUGUCCCAUUCGACACGACCAGCUUGAAGUUGAUCUUUUCCAAGAUCAGCGACUGGUUCCUCAUGAACUUUCCCGCGGCAAUCAAGGCGCUUACUGCGCCGUUGGUCGCAGCCACGAUCGACAUUUACGACUGCAUUUCGUCGACGUUGUUGCCCACCCCGGCGAAAUCGCACUACACGUUCAACCUGCGCGACCUGUCCAAGGUAUUUCAAGGGAUCUCCCAGGGCACGCCGGACGUGCUGAAAGAACCAAAGGAUGUCGUACGGCUGUGGAGCCACGAAUGCCUCCGCGUGUUUCACGAUCGGUUGAUCGACGCCGCGGACCGCAAGUGGUUCCAGGAAGUGCUGGGGGAAACCGUCCAGCGCCACUUUACGUUCAACUACAUCAAGGAAGUCCGCGGCCCCAACGACGUGCUGAUCUACGGCAACUUUGGCGACGCCAAGGCUAACAAGAAAAUGUACGCCGAGCUACGCGAUCGCGAAACGCUGCAGUCGUCCAUGUCGUUGUACUUGGACGAUUUCAACAACAUGACGUCGGCGCCCAUGAGUCUGGUGCUGUUCCAAAACGCCAUUGAACACGUGGCCCGCAUCAGCCGCGUGAUCCAUCAGCCGUACGGGAACUCGUUGCUGGUAGGGGUGGGGGGAAGCGGCCGCAAGUCGCUCACGACGUUGGCCGUGUCCAUGGCCGACUUCAAGUUGUUUCAAAUCGAAAUCUCCAAAACGUACUCUCGGUCCGACUGGCGCGCCGACCUGAAAAAAGUACUCACGCUCAGCGGGGUGACCAACCAGCCGACGGUGUUUCUCUUUAGCGACACGCAAAUCGUUGAGGAAGGGUAUUUGGAAGAUAUCAACGGUAUUUUGAACACGGGGGAAGUGGCGAAUCUGUGGGCCAACGACGAACUCAUGACGAUCAACGAGAGCUUGGAGAGCGCGGCGAGUGCCUCAGGCCUCAACACUGGCAACGCCGCGGAAGUGUACAAUUUCUUCGUGUCGCGGUGCCGCACGAAUCUCCACGUGGUGCUGGCGCUGAGCCCCAUCGGUGACGCCUUUCGCCGCCGGCUGCGCAUGUUCCCUUCGCUGGUGAACUGUUGUACCAUCGACUGGUUCACUGAAUGGCCAGAGGAAGCGCUACGCAGCGUGGCGGACCACUUUUUGGUGGACAUUGAGAUGCCGUCGGCGAUGAAGACGGGCCUCGUGGAUGUUUGUGUGGACAUGCAAGAGCGCGUGUCCCAAAUGUCCAAGGAGUUCCUUCAAAGUCUAAGGCGACACUACUACGUCACCCCCACGUCGUACUUGGAAUUGAUCAACACGUUCAAGAAACUCCUCAACACGAAACGCACCGAAGUGAGUCAAAUGAAGAAACGUUACGACAACGGCCUGACCAAACUCAUGGAAACGGCCGACCAAGUCGAGAAAAUGCAAGUCGAAUUGGAAGCGCUCCAGCCCAUGCUAAAGGUCGCGACGGUCGAAACCGACGCACUACUGGAGACGAUCUCCAGGGAGCAAAAAGAUGCCAACGAAACCAAGACGGUCGUCGCAGCGGAGGAAGCGCAAUGCAACGAACAAGCUGCGGCUGCCAUGGAAAUUAAAACGUCAUGCGAGGCGGGAUUGGCAGAAGCGAUCCCGGCGCUGGAAAUGGCCGUGAAGGCACUGCAAACGCUCACGAAAGGCGACAUCACCGAAGUCAAAGCGAUGAAAAAACCUCCAGACGGCGUCAAACUUGUGAUGGAAGCGGUAUGCAUCAUGAUGGGGGUCGCCCCCGUAAAAGUCAAAGACCCUGCCGGGGGCAACAAGAAGGUGGACGAUUACUGGGGCCCCGCACAGAAAACGCUAUUGAACGACACGCGAUUCCUGCAAAAUCUGCUCGAGUAUGACAAGGACAACAUUCAGGAGGAGACGGCGCACAAGGUGACGCCAUAUACGAACAAUCCAGACUUUUCCCCGCCGAUUAUUAAAAAAGCCAGCGUGGCCGCAUCCGGUUUGUGCUCGUGGGUGCACGCCAUGGUGGUGUACAACCGCGUGUCCAAGACAGUUGCUCCGAAACGAGAGGCUCUCAAGGCGGCCACGGCCCAGUUGGAAGCAGCUCAAGCCAACUUGAAAGCCAAGCAGGAUGCGUUGCAAAUCGUGCUAGAUAAAGUCGCUCGCCUGGAAGCCGACUUGGCGGGCGCGAUGAAGAAGAAAGCGGACCUUCAAUUUCAAGUCGACGACUGUAGCAAAAAGCUGGUGCGCGCCAACCAGUUGAUCGGGGGGCUCGGGGGCGAACGCAGUCGAUGGCAGGAAAUGAGCGCCAAGCUGCAAGUCGUGUACGACAACGUUGUGGGGGAUAUCAUGCUCAGUAGCGGUGUGAUUGCGUACUUGGGGGCGUUUACGUCAACAUUUCGCGAAAAAGCCGUCAACCACUGGAGUCUCGAAUUGAAGCACAAGGGCAUCACGUGUUCCGAUAUGUACAGCCUGACCACUACGUUGGGGGACUUAGUGAAAAUUCGCGAAUGGACCAUCGCCAAGCUCCCCAACGAUUCGUUUUCCAUCGACAAUGCCAUCAUGAUGCAGCGAAGCAAUCGGUGGCCCCUGAUGAUCGACCCCCAAGGCCAAGCGAAUCGAUGGGUCAAGAACAUGGAGGAAAAGAAUGGAGCCAAGGUGGUCAAGCUGUCCCAAGCUGGGUUUGUCCGCGCCCUCGAGAACGCCAUCAUGGUCGGUGCGCCGUUUCUGAUUGAAAACGUGCCCGAAGAAAUCGACCCGAUGCUCGAGCCAGUGCUGCUCAAGCAGAUCGUCAAGGCGGGGGGGGUGUUGACCAUUCGAUUGGGCGACAACACGGUCGAGUAUGAUGUCAAUUUUCGGUUGUACAUGACGACCAAGCUUCGGAACCCCCAUUACCCCCCUGAAACUUGCGUCAAAGUGAACUUGCUCAACUUUAUGGCCACCGAAGAGGGCUUGCAAGAUCAAAUGCUGGGCAUCGUUGUGGCCAAAGAGGAGCCAGUCCUCGAGGCGCAGCGGGAAAAACUCGUCCUCGAAGAUGCGGCCAACAAGAAGACGCUCAAGGAAAUAGAAGACACCAUCCUGCACAUGCUGCAAACCGCCGAAGGUAACAUCCUCAACGACGAACGGCUCAUUGAAACGCUGGGGGCGUCCAAGAUCACGGCCAACAAAAUCGAAGAAAAGGUCCAGGAAGCUGCCGCCACGCAGUUGAUCAUUGCCGAGAAGCGCGCCGGCUACACCCCCGUGGCCUUCCGGGCAUCCCAGCUCUUCUUUUGCAUUGCCGAUUUGUCUGUAAUCGACCCCAUGUACCAGUACGCCCUCGAGUGGUUCAUUCAGCUGUUUGUGCAAUCGAUUGGUCGCGCGACAAAGAGCUCCGACUUGACCAAACGGCUGACGUUUCUCAACGAGCAGUUUACAUACACGCUAUACGUCAACGUGUGCCGGUCGUUGUUUGAAAAGGACAAGUUGCUGUUUGCGUUUUUGCUCACGGUCAAGAUCUUGACGGGCAAUGGCACGAUCCAAGCCUCCGAUUUGCGCUACUUUUUCACGGGCAACACGACCAUGGACACGGCAAAACCAAACCCCAACCCUGCGAUUCUAAGUGUCAAGACGUGGGCAGACAUUGUCGGGCUCGACGGCCUACCAACGUUUCAGAAGUUUUCAGACAACUUUGUUCGCGACUUGCAUCUUUGGACGGCGGCGUACACGUCCCAGGAUCCGAUGGCGGAGCUCGAGACGAUUCCGUCCGUGACCGGCUACGACCUCUUUCAAAAGCUGAUUGUCCUUCGGUGUUUCCGUCCAGACAAAGUCGUGCCGAGUGUCAUGACGUUUGUGGCCAGCAUGAUUGGCCAACGCUUCAUCGAGCCGCAGCCAUUCGAUCUAAAGGCCGGCUACGACGACUCGACGUGUGCGACGCCGUUGAUCUUUGUGCUCACGCCGGGCGCCGACCCCAUGUCGGAGCUUCUCAAACUGGCUGCUGAGUUGGGGUUUACCAAGAAAUUCGUGGCAAUUUCGCUAGGACAAGGCCAAGGCCCGUUGGCCGAAAACGCCAUCGCCGAAGCUAUCGACAACGGCAAUUGGGUGUGCUUGCAGAACUGCCACUUGAGUGUGAGUUGGCUACCCACGCUGGAGCGCCUCUGCGAAGAAAUCACCCCCGACCGCGUGCACGCGUCGUUCCGGUUGUGGCUGACGUCGGAACCGUCUCGCCAGUUUCCCCCCUUCAUCCUCCAAAACGGGGUCAAAAUGACCAACGAACCCCCCAAGGGCAUGCGUGCAAACUUGAAGGGCAGCUUCCUCACGUUCACAGACGAAUGGCUCGACUCGUCGUCGCGCCCCCAAGCGUUCAAAAAGCUGUUGUUUGGCUUGUGCUUCUUUCACGCCACCGUUCGAGAACGCACCAAGUUUGGGCCGUUGGGGUGGAACAUCAAGUAUGUGUUUUCCGGCUCGGAUUUGAACAUUUCCAAGGACCAGCUCAAGAUUUGCAUUGACGACCUGAACGAGACCGACGCAAUUCCGUACGCGGCGCUGGCUUACCUGGCAGGCGAGUGCAACUACGGGGGUCGAGUCACAGACGACAAGGACCGCCGGUGCAUAGUCAACACGCUCUCGGAUUUCUACACCCCCUCAAUCCAAGACGAGGGCUACAAAUUCAGUCCGUCGGGCACAUACUAUUGCCCUGCCCCUGGCCCCCUAUCGUCGUAUUUGACGUACAUUGAUUCCCUUCCCAUGAACGAAGGCCCCGAGGUGUUUGGGCUGCACGACAAUGCCAAUAUCUCAUGCGCUAUCGCGGAAACGAACCUGUUGCUAGAGUCCGCCCUAUCGUUGCAGCCGCGAAGCAGCGGUGGAGGCGGCAAGUCGUGGGACCAGUCCCUGGCCGAAGCCGCCGCGGACAUUAGCCAUCGCAUUCCUCCUAUCUUUGACACGGAAAAGGCUGACCUCGACUUUCCAGUGUGCUACGACGAAAGCAUGAACACCGUGCUCACGCAAGAGUUGAUUCGGUUCAAUCGGUUGAUCGCGAUCAUCUCCAGAAGUCUCAAAGAAGUCCAACGGGCAUUGAAAGGUCUCGUCGUGCUGUCCGCAGAGCUCGAAGCCAUGGGUAACAGCAUGGUCAACGGCCAAGUGCCGCUCAUGUGGUCCAGCUGCGCGUACCCGUCACUGAAACCUCUGGGUAGUUGGGUGACAGACUUUCUAGACCGCCUCACGUUCCUUCAAACGUGGAUCGAUGCCAAGCAAAGCCCUGCCACGUACUGGAUCUCCGGCUUCUUCUUCACCCAGGCAUUCAUCACAGGGACUUUGCAGAACUUUGCCCGCAAACAUACUCAACCAAUCGACCAGUGUGGCUUUGACAUGGAAGUAUUGUCCGCGGAAGCGUCGAGCGCCAUCACAUCGAGAGCCCCCGACGGCGCCUACAUAUUCGGUCUCUUCAUGGAAGGCGCAAGGUGGGAAAACGCCAACAUGUCCAUCGUCGAGUCGCGGAACCGAGAACUUCACGUGGCUAUGCCGAUGAUCCUCCUUCUGCCGAAACGACGAGACAACAUCGAGCCCGUCAAAGACUCUGACCCCAAGGGCACGGCGCAUAUGUACAUGUGUCCUGUGUACAAGACCAGUUUCCGCCAAGGAACGCUGUCCACGACGGGACAUUCGACCAACUUUGUCAUGUUCAUUCGGGUGCCCAUGUCGCCCGACCACAAUCAAAAGCAUUGGAUUCGACGGGGUGUGGCCAUGCUUACCCAGCUCGACAUUUAAUCAACAUGCAGUUUUUAGUAUUGAUAAUGAUUGGUGUAUGUGUGCGUCUUGUCCAAUUUGUGAAACCGAC